GCAGCAGCUCGGUCUGGUUUCUGUCCGUAGAAGAAGAGUCUGGAGGGGUUUUUGUGUUCGUGCAGAGGAUGGUCGCGGUGCAGAGAAUCUAGCUUUAAUUAAAUAACGUAAUAAUUAGUUAAAAAAUUAAGUAAAGUUCCUGAACGGUUCAGAGCUCCGUUAAAUCAACGCUGGAGCAGUCAGCUGACUGACCGCGGGACGCGUCACCAGCUCUGCGAGAGGACAUGUAUCGUGGUCGGCCUCCUCCGAGAGGAGGAUACCCGCCGGCUUUCGAAGGCCGAGGUCCGAGGCCUUACCCGGCACCGUCCUACAGGGACGACAGGAGCCGGCCCAGGCCGCCCUACCACCCCGGCUUCCACCCGGACUCCUACCGCCGGUCCCCGCCGCGCCGGAGGUACCCUUCCCCCGCGUCAGGAAGUCACCGAGGCGGGGAGUACUGGGCCGGUGGUCCGCCGAGAGAAAGGUCUCCGUCACCUCGUGGACCUCUCGACCACAACCUGGUCAUCACCGUCGGCAACGAGCUGAUUGGACCAUCUGGCUCUGCCCCCUCACGACAUCAUGACAGAGACUACCCUCCUCGACCCGAGUACGAGCGGGGCCGGAGCCGACCUCGCAGCCGCAGUCCGGAACGGAGCCGGGCCAAGAGCAGGGGCCGGAGCAAGAGUCGCAGUCCGGACCGGAGCAGAGCCGGGCGGAGCAAGAGUCGCAGUCCGGACCGGAGCAGAGCCAAGAGUCGGGGCCGGAGCAAGAGUCGGGCGAGGAGCAAGAGCCGGCCCCGCAGCCAGAGUCGUAGUCCGGGCCGGAGCCGGGCCAAGAGCCGGGGACGGAGCCGGAGCAAGAGCCGCAGUCUGGACCGGAGUCGGGCAAAGAGCCGGGGCCGGAGCAAGAGUCGCCACCACAGCAGGUCUAGAUCCAGAUCCAGAUCCAGAGGGCUGAGCUACGGCCGCAUUAGGAGUGCACAGAGGAGUCGCAGCAGCAGUUCGAGCUCGAGCAGCGGAGAAGACAGCAACGACAAAUUCGAGAAAGGGUUCAGAGAACUGGAGACGGCCCGACGCAGGAAGGAGCUUGAGGAGAUGCUGAGUCUGCCGACAAAAUCCAUCCUGAAGAAACGCAACGACUCUGAGGACUCGCCAUCACUUAGGAGCUCAGACUCUCCCAGAGGUCUGGACGGCUCCAGCAUGUCUCGGGUGGCCGACCAGCUGCUGCAGGCUGUUAAAGGCAUGGAGCCUCACAUGGUGGCGUCAAUGCUGUCGGAGCUGCGGUCCGACCCACAGAUGGCUCACCGCGCCGGCCUCGACGCUGAGAUCAAAGAGAUCCUCCACCUGCUGGGGGGACCGUCGGGGGCCAAGGCUCAGGAGAAGGUCGCUGAUGACAUCGACGAUGAGGAGAGGUUCCUGUACGGAGACUCGGAGGAACCAAAACCUCAACCGGUGUCCGAGCCAGUCCGACUCCACGGGCUAGAUCUGUACGGAGAUGUGACAGAGGAGGCGCUGUACGGAGACUAUCCUCCACAGAAACCUGUCAUCUCUCAGAUGUAUGGCCUUCCACCAGGGGCCUCACCUCAUAUUCAGGUCCCUCCCACCAUGGGGGAGAUGGACAUGAGGUACGCGAGCCAACCCUCCAUCAGCCCAGACAGGAACAUCACUGUGCAGGUGCCGAACCCCGCCAUCCCUCCAGGGACAGAGCCACUGGAGGAGGGCGAGCGCCAGGCACUGGAGGAAUACGAGAAAAUCCAGGAUUUGUUGAAGACCAUUGGCCUGGACCUGGGCGUGACCGAGAUCAGCAAGAUGGCUGCCAGGACCAAAGAGCGUCUCCAUGGAAACAAGCCACCUCCAAAGACGCCCACGCGCCGCAAGCGGUACUCCUCCGGCAGCUCAGAUGACAGCAGGGGCCGCAGGAGGCGGAGCCACAGUGGCAGCUCCAGCAGCACCAGCAGCCGCAGUUGCAGCCGUGGGCGGGGGGGCAGCUGGAGCAGUGACGACGGCCGCAGGAAGAGCUCGGUGCCGUCCAAAGCUCACAAAGACUCCAGAGAGCUGAAGGCUGAGCCGCAAGCUGUCGCACUGCCGCCACAAACAGAGCCGCCACUACAAACCCCCAACCCUAAAAUCCUGCCGCCUCACCCAGGGAUGCCCAUACCCUCGUACCCCCCCUCACAGGUCCACGGCCUGAUGCCCCCCAACUUCCCCCCACCAGCGUAUGGCCAGUACGGAAACUACCUUCCCUACAUGCACCAGCAGUGGCCGCCCAUGUACCCGCCCCCCAACAUGUGUAAAAGGAGCUUGAAGAAGGUGGUGUUUGUAGAAGACGGAAGUUUGACGGAGCUCCUGGAUGUUUGUUUUCAUGCUGUUGGAUUACUGAAUGUAACUCCUGCUUGUUGUUGUUUGUUUGUUUGUUUGUUAGUUGUUGUGUCGUCAGGCGUGGUGAAGAGUUCUGUUCAGGAUGGUGAGGGGGAAACGAAGGGAAACGUCAGCAGUCAUGAGAAGAGAGUGUCUGAGGAACAGAACAACGAGAGCCAGAAACAGAAGGUUUUGGAGGAGAGGGAGAAGCUGAAGCAGGAGCGAGACAUCAGGAUGAAGAAGAAGGAAUAUCUGAUGAAGGAGCUGGAGAGACUCAGGAAGCAGCAGGGCGAGCUCCUGAGGAAGAAGCGGCGUGAGAAGGGUGGCCACAAAGACCCUCUGUUGCAGGAGAUCAGCCGCCUGCAGGAGGAGGUCAUGGCUCAGAUUUCUAACCUGCGUAAAGAGCAUGAGGCUGCCGAGAAGAAACGCAACGAGAUCGAGAAGGUCGCGCACAUACUUGGCCUCGUCCCGUCCGACCGGCCCCGCAGGACAGCUAAACUGGUUGAGGACCAGGAGGACGAACCACCGCCGCCGCUUCCGCCUCUGCCAGAGAAGAAGAAACGCGAGGCGGACUGGAGUCCUGAGGGACGGCAUGCGGCCAGCAGCUCCACAAUAAAGCAGAGCCCAGUGAUGCUGUCGUCGUCAUCUUCCAGGGCGUCCCCGGACAAGCAGCCUGUCGCCACCCUGGCUCCACCUCUGACCCCGCCUCCGCAACCGUUUGAAUACUAUGACGCUGGAAACCACUGGUGCAAAAACUGUAACAUCACCUCUGGUUCCAUGUUUGAUUUUUUCACGCACUUGCACAGCAAAACGCACCGAAAGACUCUGGACCCGUACGACCGACCCUGGGCGUCCACUCCCACCAAGAUCAGCAAGAACCUGUCGUCAGAGGAGAAGCUGACCAAACCCGCCAAAGGUUCAGAGUUCCUGCUGCCCGUCAGAGGAUUCUUCUGCCUGCUGUGUAAAGAGUUUUACGGAGAUGCCAUCUGUGCAGAAGAACACGUCACCACUCACGCUCACAACGAGAAGUACAAGAAACAAAUGUACGAGAACCCGUUGUACGAACAGAGGAGGAACCUGGACCGCCAGGCCGGACUGGCCUCUGAGAACAGCGGGAAGAAACGCAAACAUGAGGACGAAGACAAUGGCAAGAAGGACAAGGAGGAAAAGUCCAAACACAAGAAGGAGAAGAAGGAGAAGAAGAAGGAAGAGGACAAUGCUACUCACAAGGGGGAGAAAGUUAAGGAGGAAGAGGAGGAGGAGGAGAAGCCGAAGUCGGGCAAGAAAGAGGAGGAUUUUAAGAAUGCCAAAAACCUGGAAGAGGAGAGGCCUUCGUAUAGCAAGAAAGACGAAGAUGAAAAGUACAAAUCCAGCAAGAAGGAGGAUAAAUACCGCCACAGCCGAGAGGAAGAGGAGCGGAGUAAAUACAGCAGAAGGGACGAAGAUGACCGGUACAAGUACAGCAGAGAAGAAGAAUACCGGCACCGCUAUCGAAGGGAUGAUGAUGAUGACCGGUAUGAUGACCGUCCCAAAUUCGGGCCGAGAGAGUAUAGACCCAAAUAUGACAAAGACCGAGACGAAGGGAAACUGAAGCAUGAAAAGGAAUCUUCGAAAAAGGUUCCUCCAGGAAAACCGGCAGGGAAACCAGAGAUCACCACACCUGAACCUCCGCCAAAGCCCUAUGAACUGCCCAAAAUCCUGUGUGGACCAAGUCCAGCUAUGAGGGCAAAGCUCCGCAAGCAAAGCCUGGAAACCGGCAAACCAGCACCCGCAACCAUGACCCCGACUUUUGGAAAGUUCACAUGGAAGAAACGGGAGAAUGUUCUGGCGAAGGAGGCGGAGAAAGUUGCAGCAGAGUUCAUCAAGGAAGACGAAGCAGCUGCAAAGCAGAACCCGAUCUCAGUGGAGGAUUCCUUUGCAAAAUCUAUGGCUGUUGCAAAGGAGAUCGCCCAGAAACUGGGGGGCCAACAAAAUAUGCCUCCUCCCUGGGUGUCCAACAGCGCCAACCGCGGAAGGAUCCGGCCCAACCUUCCUGCACCCGCAGGAAGGGGAAACCGAAGAACGGCCAUGAUGGGUAGACCGGCACCACUAAAUACUUUCCUCUCUAUUAGACCCCAAAACCUUGGUUUACAGGGGCAGUUUCAAAAAGAACCAUUGUUCUCUGAUGGUCUUAUGAGGGCUAUGAAUGCUCAGAACGCACUGCUCGAAGGUAAAUCUCAGCCCCCAGCUGCUACACCUGAGACAGUCAAGGCUACGCCUGCACCGACACCUGCACCGGCACCAGUACCGGCGCCUGCACCGGCACCAGUACCAGUGCAGGCACCGGUGCCUGCACCUGUGCCAGUACCAGUGCAUGCGCCGAUGCCUGCACCUGCACCGGGAAUGUCAAGACCUCCACCAUUUGAUGCUAAACAUCCGCCGCCAAUGUCAAGACCUUCACCAUUUGAUGCUAAACAUCCGCCGCCAAUGUCAAGACCCCCGCCAUUCAAGGCUAAACCUGCACCACCAGUUUGUAACCCUGCACCACCAGUUUGUAACCCUGCGCCACCAGUUUAUAACCCUGCACCACCAGUUUCUAAACCUGCCCCAAUGGAAGUAAAGCUGGCACAACCUGUGGUGACGUCAGCACCAUCUCAAACUAUCCCUGCACAAUCGGUUGCUAAACCAACACAACCAACACUGAUAAAGAUAGUGUCUGACGUGGCAGCUCCUGGCGUCCCCGAGAACGAGCAAACUCGUACAGUGUUUGUCAAACCUCCACCUCUCAAGAGCAUGGCUGACGUAGCUCAGAAGUCUGAGAAACUUAAGAGUAACCUGGCUGCAGCCAAAGCCCAGGACUUAUUUGACAUCUUCUACAGCAGUGUUGGCCAAUCAGGCCCGUCCUCCAUCACCAAACCAGUCACAGAUGUCAGAGCUGACGAGAGCAGCACCAAUAAAAGUCAACUUUCUGCCCUGCAAGCACCAAAACCACAACCUCAGAGUAAACCUGUUACCCAGUCCCAACCUCCAUCUGUGGUCUGUAAAUCUCCGCAACCAGACUCAUCAGGUGCCCAAACCCAACCAGACUCACCAGGUCCAAAAACCCAACCAGACUCACCAGGUCCCAAAACCCAGGUAGACUCACAAAGUCCGGAAUCCCGCCAAGAAUCGGACAUUCAGAUCGCAUCUGUUUGGUCCUUACAGCCCACCCCAGCCACAACACCUGAGGUGGCUCCAUCUGAAACACAAAAAACCCAGCCACAACUUAAUCCACCAGCCCAGUCUGAGGCUCAGAGUGUACCCCAAAACCAGUCCUCGACUCCUGAAUCUGGGUCUCAAAUCACCCCACAAACCAAGCCUGCUAACCUGGAGCCAACACCUCAGACUCAGUUCCAGCCUAAACCAGCCACUCAUAUCCAAACAAAUCCCCAACCAGACCAGGACAAUCAGCCCCAGUCCCAUCUAGAGACCCAUUCUAGCACUGCUCCAGAACCUGAACCCAAGCCAAGCCCCAAAACUAGAGGCAAGAGAACCCCUCCUGCCCCCCGCCCUGUCCGACAAACCAGAUCCCAAACCAGAUACCAGACCCGGCAGCAGCAGCAGAGCCAGUCCGAGCCAGAGCCAGAGCCAGAGCCAGAGCCUGAGCUACCUUCGGGAGAUUCUGACUCUGUAACUUCAGAUCCAAAGGGGCUGGACACGUCAAAUCCUGGCUCCAGGUCAGAGCCGGAGGAGGGGGCACCCAGAGAGGAGGACUCUAAGAAGGAGGUCACCCCUGAAACCCUGGGCCUCCCCUCAGACAUGACUUCCCUGAACUUUGAUUAUGAUUUUAACUUUGAGUAGGAGCUGACCGGACUGUUUCUGUAGAACCACUUGUACAUCCAGGAGGUCUUUCAUCAAUAAUUUUCUGGACUUGAAGGUAGCUGGAAGAGGUGGGGAAGACACUGAUGGACUUUAAACACUGACCUUCAUCUGUCUGAUGUUUAGUGAUACCCUGUUGUUGUCUGUCUUUUCUAGAGCCUAAUGCUUCAGAUGGAUUUCACUUUAAGUCCGGUGAGUCCAGAACAGACGUGAGUCCUGGAUGUGAAUAAGCACCUAGAAGGAUAGUGAAGGAUUGACCUGCCCACUUGCUCAAUGAUAUGCUGGUACUUGUUGAAUUCGAUGUUUGGAUUGGUCAGGUUUAGGUAAGAGGCAUUAAGAUUUGUCAGGGUAAGACUGUCACAAGCAGAGUAAGGUGGGCCAUUCUUUCGCUUUCCCAGGAAAUACAAAUUCACAUCCAGGUCAUCUGUAGACCUGAAACGUAAACAUCACCAAAGGGACAAAAAAACAACAAUCAAUGUCAGAAUAAUUUGUACAAAGUAUUUCCUUUGGGUUACGGGAUACUUUCUGUGGUCAGAAGGUUCGGAUCUGUUGUUCGUGGUCGUCAGACCCAAUCUCAGGUCCAUUCAAGGUUCAAGGGGUUAUUCAAAGGUUCUGAGAGACGAUUGACAUGACAAGAAAUCUGAAAAAUACAAUUUGUGAAUUACAGAAUAUUUCUUCAUCAGGCAUCUACGAUUACAAAAAUAAGCACUUUCUGUUUGCUACCUAUGGAAAUGUGGAGCCAGUGACUAGUUUUAAAGGAUUACAGGUGGAAACAUUCACACGUUUGUCAAACUGAUAUCCACCGUCUCACCUGACUCUGAAUUCAGUGUGACACUGUUCCUUUAAAGGUCUUUGUCACAUGACCACAGGUUUAAACGUCGAACACAUCACCUGUUGUUGUUUUUUUCUUGUUUGAUAUUCAAGUUUAUUUUUUCCUUUUUUAAAUGACGAAAGAAGAGUCGGACCAAAAUCAGCUCAGCGAGUCGACGUGUUGACGCUCUGAUCCGAGGUCAGUGUUUGGGUGUCGGAAAGAAACCAACUGCUCAUCUUGUAAAAUCUGUUACUCCAUGUAGAGUUUUAAUAAAAGUUAGUGGAGAAACGACAGCGCCUCCAUGUGUCCUGAUUAUUAUACAAACCUGUCCUCCUGUAACUGCGUACUUUUACUCAAGUACUCUACAAAUCUGAGGUACUUUUACUGUACUCAAGUAUUUCCAGGUUCUGCUUUGUCUUCCUCUGUCUCAGAGCUACAUACUUUAUGUCACAAUAAAUAUGUGGGCAAAAUUGUCCCUAACCCUGAUUGACUGGUCAUGGAAAACCUGAAAAAGUCAUGGAAUUUCACAGUCACAUUUUCAAGUCUGGAAAUGUCAUGGAAUAAGUAUAAGUCAUUGAAAGUUUUGAAUAGUCAUGUAAUAAGUAAAAGUCCUUGAAUUUUUUUUGAAAAGUCAUGGAAUUAGAGAAAAAAAAAGUAAUUGAAAGUUUGGAAAAGUCAUGGAAUAAGUAAAAAGUCAUGGAAUCAAUAGGAAGUCAUUGAAAGCAAGGAAAAGGCAUGGAAUUAGUUAAGUCAUUGAAAUGGUAAAGUCAUGGAAUCAACAAAAAGUCAUUGGAAGUUUUGGAAAAGUCAUGGAAUUUGUAAACAUUGAAAGUUUUGGAAAAGUAAUGGAAUCAAUAAAAAGUCCCUCAAGCUUUGGAAAGUCAUGGAAUCAAUAAAAAGUCAUUGAAAGUUUUGGAAAAGUCAUGGAAUUUGUAAACAUUGAAAGUUUUGGAAAAGUCAUGGAAUCAAUCAAAAGUCCUUGAAGCUUUGGAAAGUCAUGGAAUCAAUUAAAAUUCAUUGAAUGUUUUGGAAAAGUCGUGGAUAAGUAAAAAUCAUUGAAAGUUGGAAAGUCAUUGAAUUAAUAAAAAGUAAUUAAAA